GAAUGAAUGGAAAAGCUUCAUAUCUGUGUUUCUUCUGCUUUUAGUGCUGAUGUCCCUCGUUCACUCUGGACUCAGUCAAGUGAAACCUGUAGUGACGGUGAAGCCAGAUCAGCGUGUGUUCAGUGGAGAGAUAGUCAAUCUCACAUGUGACAUACAGAGAGAAGGAAACAUUCAGUGGAGAUACAGCUGGAUUAAAGAUCGAGAGACUGUCUUUCCAUUUACAUCAGAAACAGCAGCAGAGUUCAGUUUCACAGCUGAUGUGUCUCGCAAUGGUAAAUACAGUUGUAGAGGAGAGAGUUCAGACUCACAGAGAUCAGGCUUCAGUGAUGCUGUUACACUGACUGUAUCAGAUGUACCCACAUCUACAGUGACUGUGACACCAGGCAGUCCAGUAUUCACUGGAGAAACAGUCAAUCUGAAGUGUGUGAUAAACUCUGAUCACAGUAACUGGAGAUAUGAGUGGUAUAAAGACAGUGUAAAGUUACAGAAGUCUGAGCGUUACACUGUAAACAGAGACACUGUCACUAUCAGAGGAGCUACUAAGUCUGAUCAGGGUCAGUACUGGUGUAGAGGACACAUAGAUGGAAGACCAAUCUCAUCAACAUUAAGCUAUGAUGUUUCUCUCUCUGUGAAGGAUUUACCCACAUCUACAGUGACUGUGACACCAGGCAGUCCUGUAUUCACUGGAGAAACAGUCACAAACACUCUGCAUAGUAUCGAUUCUCAAAUCCUGGAGUCUCCGGCUGUGUCGUUUCGAAGGCUGAAUCCUCCGGAGGUCACAUUUAUCUGCCGCAAACGUCAUGAGGCUCUUCAUCUCAGUAAACUGACCAUUACAUUCCCAUGA